UCUCCUUUCUUGGUCUGGCCAGCAACAUCUGCAGCCCCUUCCUCUGAAUCAGUGUCAUCGUCCUCAUCUCUUAAACCUCCUUCCUCUGGUAGCCCUUUCCAUUUACAGCAAAAAAAUUUCCAUCAUUGUUCUAGCCAAAUUUGAUUAGUUUCUCGUUUUGGAGUUUCGUCGGUUUGAUAAAUACCGACCCCCCAAGCAAAAGAGGCCACUGCAUCGCUUGCCAAAACCCAGUGAGGGACAAUCAAAUGGUGAAUUCAAUUGGUCAAAUGGGGAACGGGGAAAUGGGUCCUCCAUGGCUGAUACCAAUGCUGAGAGCGAACUACUUCGGACCGUGCUCUGUUCAUGGAGACUCUCACAAGAGCGAAUGCAAUAUGUUCUGCUUGGACUGCAUUGGGAAUGCCUUCUGCUCUUACUGUUUGGUCGAUCACAGAGACCACCAUGUGAUUCAGAUAAGGAGAUCUUCCUACCACAAUGUGGUGAGGGUGAGCGAGAUCCAGAAAUACAUCGACAUCACGAACAUUCAGACAUACAUCAUCAACAGUGCGAAGGUUGUGUUCCUCAAUGAGAGGCCGCAGACGAGGCUUGGGAAGGGAGUGACCAACACUUGCGAGAUCUGUUGCAGAAGCCUCCUUGACUCGUUCAGGUUCUGCUCUAUGGGUUGCAAGCUCAAUGCAAUCGCAAGAGGUGCCCCAAUGCUCACAUUUGCCCUGAGGAUGAACCAAGGCGGGGACGAGCUCCUUGGUGGGUCUGGGUCGGACGAGUCGUCCCCGCCCAGCAAGAUUCAGAGGAAGCCGUUUUUCAACCGCCUGAUGAACGGGCUCGCCAUCUCAUUGCCGCCGGUCGAUGAUCACCAUAAGAAGAUGGACGGCGAAGAGAGGUCUCGGUCAUCUAGCUCCGGAGACGACAUCGGCAACAACUCGUCCCCAGCUACUCCGCCCGUGUACAAUCACAGUAACUCCAGAAAAAGGAAGGGCGUGCCUCGCCGUGCCCCAUUUCAUUAGAAGUUAAGAAAUGCACCUUAAAAAAAAAAAAGGU